UAGCCAACUUCUUCAUGGUUCCGAGACAUGGUACGUGAACGCUGCAGAACCCAAUCCAGUUACGAAGAGUUCUGUCUUCUGGGAUACAACGCCGUGCAGUCCAUUGAGAGUCAACCGACGUUUCGGAGGAACAUAUCGCCUCCAUCUUCAGGUUUAAAUCCGACGAUUUAAUUAUCUUCCUGGACGGGAAUCAAACCGAUAAGAGAUUAGUUAAAUAAUGUAUCCGGUGAAAUCACCGACAGAUUUCAGUUACAUAGUAACAAGAAAGAAGAAAGAAAGAAUUGCGUUUGGUUCUUCAAUCGAGAGGGAAUGUUUACCCAUGAAAUGUGGCAUAAGUCGUUUUGAAUGCCAAUAUAUGCCUGAAGUGUUACUUACUGUUGCGCCAACAUCAUAUGGUACCAGCGAUAUCACAUCUGCCUUCAAUUCAAUACGCACCAAGGUAGUGAGCAAACGUGGUGUUGGCGGAAUUGUAAACACAGCUCCUCGUUUCAAGCACGGUGUUUCAGAGACUCCAUCACCAUUAACCUACAACCUACGUUUAUUUCCUUCAAAUGUAAAGUGCAACAAAUAUCCAUUCAGUUCAACUACUCCACGCGUGUGUGGAAUAAAAAAUAACAAUCCUGGUGUAGGAGUUUACAACACAUGUACACCAAAGAGGCCCAUCCAGUUCAGGCACAGUUUUGGAGGUCAUAAGGUAUCAGAUUCUGGUACAGAUGUUAAAUGCUGCCCUGUGAAUGUGGAUGUGUGCUCAAAAUGUGGGAAACAGCCAUAUGGGGACUACUGGCACUUACAUAUGAGGCAGUUUCUGUGCAGAAGUUGCAAAGUUGAAGAGGACUUGAAUGCAACUAGAAGUGAAAAAUUAAUUUUGGAUAAGUAUAGGAGAAUACGUGAUUGUUCACACAUGCAUAACCAUAAUGGCACCACAGCGGCAAUUAUGUUGAUGAACCAACAUGAGCUCCGUGAACUACACACUAAAGAGUUGUACUUCAAUCAACAUUUCCCCAUCCGAAAAGGCAAAUUUUUAGAUGAAGACAAGGAUCAAGUAUUACCAUGGCCUCUGAAGAGAUACAAGUUUAAGAGAAAGUGACAGUUUGGAAAAGCGGCAAGGAUUGACACUAACACACAGUGUGAAACUUCAUACAUUCAUUUGACUGAAUAAGGGUAUAUAGAUAUAGAGCAAACAAGUAGAGGAGAGUAAGAAUAACAUCGGACUCGGUACAAAAAUGAAGAUAAGAAUCAAAGUAUCCAUAAGUAAAAAGUUAACACAAAACAUUGCCUACUAAGUUUAUUUUAUAUUUUUCCUCUGUUCCUGGAUGCUAACUUAACUUGUCAUGUCUUUGCCAUUCCAAAUUGCAUUACAGUGUGUCUUUUUUACUAUUCUUAAAUAAACCAGAUGUUGUGUAUUCAACAAUUAAUUCUACAUGAAAAGUCAUUGUCCAAUGGAAGUAAAAACAAAUGAUGUAAAUAAUUUAUGAAAUGUGCAACUUUAAUGUUAUAAUAUAAUAAUUAAUUCUUAUUCAUUUUUAAUACAGAAUUGCAAAUAUAUAAUAAUGUAUUGUGACAUGCCAAACCGCUGUUGGGAAACGGGAUGUGGAACAAGUUACCACGAAGACAGAUUCUUGAUAAACAGUCUGUUGCCAAGUUACGCAACAGUAAGGAAAGCGGUGUUUCUCCGUGACGUGCCGUGCCGAGUCGAAGCGCACUGGUUGGUACGCAGCAUUAAACAACUCUCGGCAGCGUUGCCAAGCAACGCCUCUGUAAACAUGGUGUCACACAAUAGUGAAGCAAGCUGCAUUUUCCAUUGUCCGACUGAGGGUUCAUAAGAGAGACUGGAAUACCUAAGGAGUCAUAUAACAAAAUUAUGCAGGCAACAAGCAGAAGUCAUAAAAAAUCAUGAUGAGAAUGUUCGCAACAUCAAACAAGGCGAAGCCCAACACAGAAAGUGUAAGAGGCUUAAAAUUGGCGGCGGUCAGGCAUACGACCAUUCAAGUGACUAGACUGCCACGGUAGCAAAUACUACUAGAAAUAGGGCAUAGUCUGCUGUGCUGAGCCUAGACUGACAGAGGCCUUGUAGAUAUUAUAAAUGCUAGAUAUUAAGGCUAAAUUGUAAGUGUACAUAGUGACAAUGGACUAAUACUAUCGACUAUGACUGACAAAUGACAGACCCAACCUCUCGUCAGAGA